CUCGAGAAAGAUGGACGCACCUCCGGAAGGGCCCCAUGGGUAAAGAGACGAGUGGCAAGCUUUGAGAUCAUUGGGGGUGAACUGUACAAAAAGACGUUCGGCGGGCCAUAUCUCAGAUGCCUAUCGCCGGACUUGGCAACAUCAGUCAUGGAGGAAAUCCAUGAGGGCAUCUGUUCCAGCCACCAAGGACCCCGGACGCUGGCAAGGAAGAUCAUCCUACAGGGGUACUACUGGCCAACCAUCCAGCGGGACUGCUUCAACCACACUCAGAGGUGUGCGGUGUGCCAGCAGUACGCACCUAUGCCAG